AUGACCAACCAGGAAGAUGUCGAGGCUGAGGGCCGACCGCCAUAUCUCCAUGCCAUGAUUGCGGGUGGCAUCGGAGGAUCGACCGGCGAUUUGUUGAUGCACUCUCUCGACACCGUAAAGACAAGACAGCAGGGCGACCCUCACGUUCCGUCGAAAUACACGUCGCUGGGACAGUCCUACUACACCAUAUGGAGGCAAGAAGGUAUACGGCGGGGUCUGUACGGUGGCUGGAUACCUGCGCUCGGAGGUUCAUUCCCCGGCACCGUAAUGUUCUUUGGCACAUAUGAAUGGAGCAAGCGAUUCCUCAUAGAUCAUGGCGUGCAGCAGCAUCUUUCCUAUCUAUCAGCAGGCUUCCUUGGAGAUUUAGCCGCCUCCAUCGUCUACGUCCCAUCCGAGGUUCUAAAAACCCGACUUCAGCUCCAGGGCCGUUACAACAACCCCCAUUUCAUAUCGGGUUACAACUACCGAGGUACUCUCGACGCUGCCCGCACCAUUGUCCGUUCUGAGGGUAUUCCUGCUCUCUUUUACGGCUACAAGGCCACCCUCUACCGUGAUCUGCCCUUCUCGGCCCUCCAGUUCAUGUUCUGGGAACAAUUCACCACAUGGGCCCGCAAGUACAAGCAGAGCCGUGAUAUUGGGGUGCCCCUCGAACUCCUCACUGGCGCUGCGGCUGGUGGCCUUGCCGGUGUCAUCACUUGCCCCCUCGAUGUCGUCAAGACACGGCUUCAAACCCAAGUCAACACUCCAGCCGAGGCCCGGGCCUCCAAGGAUCACCACGCUUCAUCCCAGGUCCGACACAUCUCAACAUCUUCUCCAAACACUCACCGACCGCGACCCGGCGCCAUCGCCCUGGAGACCUCAUCCGUCUUCACCGGCCUACGAGUCAUCUAUCGCACCGAAGGUGUGGCAGGUUGGUUCCGCGGCGUCGGACCGCGCGGUGUAUGGACAUUUAUUCAGAGCGGCUGCAUGCUGUUCUUGUACCAACGAAUCCUUCGACAGCUCGAGGUUCUGAUGCCCCUUGAGCACGAAGAAAUGUAGACAUCUCCACACAUACACAUACACUCUUGCACCUUUUUUACGCCCCUACCCUUUCUUCAUACCUUGUCGUUAUUCUGCAUGAUUUGGCAUUUAUUUGCACCCGCUCGAAACGGUCAAGAUGUCUCCCCGUUCCCCCUUUCAUUCCAUAGAGGAGAAGCUCACCCUUUGAAAACAAGAAGACAUGAAUUGUGAUGGCCAUAUAUGUACGGAUAGAGAAAGAGACGCACGUGGCUGUGGGCAGCCGUCAUUGUUGGGCGUUGGGAAAUAGAAGGGACUGGCUGAUCACAUAUAUCAGAACAACACGGUCAUAGAGAUAGAGAGCGCCAAGAAUAAAGCCUCUCGAUUGACUUUGCAAA